GGCUUCGAUGGUGCCAUCAAUAAAAUUGACAAAUGCGGAGAAGAAAAAAAUUCCCCUUGAGCCGUGGGGCUGUCAAUUAGCUUCACCUCGGAAACAUAUUUCUGGAUGCCGCCCCAGAUGCUGUUUGGUCUUUCUUUUCUCGCACGGGUUUUCAAAAAGUUUCUUGUCAUUUGAGGACUCCUUUUCUUUUGGUCCUUGACACAUAUUUUCUAUUUUUGUGUCGCUCACGUCAUUUUUAUCUCCUCACGCACAUAUUUAUAACCGUCAAGAUGGUGCCUCAAACUUUGCCCAAAUAUAAAGCCGAUUUCCUGGCUAAGGCAAUCAGCGAGUCAGUCAUUCAGUUGGGAGAUUAUUCCUUAAAAUGCCAACGGCCGACACCAUAUUUCUUUAACGCCGGAUGUUUUCACCGUGCCGACCUCCUGCACAGCAUCAGUCGUGCGUAUGCACAAACCAUCAUAGACUUUGCAGAGCGUACAAAUUUCGAGUUUGAUGUGCUCUUUGGCCCCGCAUACAAGGGCGUUCCGCUUGCUACUGCCGUUGUGGCGCAGCUAGCUGUCAUGAAGCCUGAAAAAUAUGGGCGUAUCUCAUAUAGCUUCAAUCGCAAGGAGGCAAAAGGCCAUGGCGAAAAGGGAAUCAUUGUCGGUGCUCCCAUUGCAGGACAGCGGGUGCUAGUUAUCGACGAUGUAGUCGCCGCAGGCACGGCAAUGCGCGAAAGUAUCGACAUUAUUGCGAAACAGGGAGGCACUUUGGCGGGAAUUAUAGUUGCACUGGAUCGGAAAGAAAGGAUGGCCCUCGAUGUUCAAGAGGACAAAAAUGAGCCUCGACUCUCAAACCUCAGUGCCAUUGAGCAGCUUAAGCUCGAGACCGGCGUACCGAUUUUGUCCAUUCUCACCCUGGAUGAUGUUUAUCACGGCAUUCUCGGCGUCGCUACAGAACCUCAAAUCAAAGCAUUCGAGACUUAUCGAGAAAAGUAUCGGGCCGUUGGGACUGUGGGAGCUUAAUCACACAGAAAUUGUGCAAGCGAAGUAAGGAGAGCGCGCACUGCACUUUUGUCUUUGCUUGGAGACUUCACGGCGAUGGUGGAACAAGAUACCUAUACUGUAUAUAUUAUUUCAUGUACUGUUAGCUAUUUUCUGCUGCUCAGCAUUUUCUGGUUUCUUGGGUUUGAGUCAGAGCAAUGAACUCUGCACAUUUCUCAUCGUCGCGUACUUCUGCAUACUGGGUAUUUUCGAAUGAAGAAUUCUCGAGGGAACUCUUCGCGGCGUUCAUGAUGACCAUUACUUUAGCAUCCAAUCUUAUACUAGAUCAUAUAGACUAGAAUUGGACUUUUUCCUGCUGCGC